UUGAUACAUUGUUUGGAGAAUAAUAGCGUCUCGAUUUUGGGAAAAGUAUUGCAUUUCUCGAGUCUCAUUGAAAAAAAAAAAUAAAUAUGAGUGAAGAAAUUGAAAAACUUAAAGAAGCCGAAACAACGGUGGAAUAUUCAAAAAUUGUAGUUCCCAAAGGAAUGCGUAGCACAUAUUGGAGAUAUUUCGGAUUUCCGGCUGACGAUAACAGUCAAAUAGUUACAAAAAAUAAGAUCUUGUGUGUAUUAUGCAAUACAGCAAUAGUUUAUAAUAAAAAUACUACAAAUUUAAGAACUCAUUUGGUGGCAAAACAUCCUGAUGAAUUUAUAGCUAUAGCCCAGGAAAAACGGCGUGAAAUAUUCGCAGAUAAAUCUGAAAGUUAUUAUGUGUCCACUGUUCCUCAAGUUAAGAAAAUGAAGUCCGAAGACGGAGAAAUAAACAUACAGAAAAACCGUCAGCAAAAAAUUGAUAUUAAAAUUUCUAGCGAUCUGAUUACAGAUUUUACAAGUGAACUUGACACUCAAGACAAUAAUUAUAAUGAGGAAGAUUCUGUACAAAAUUAUGAAUAUGAAAGUAUGGCAGUUGAUACAAAUAAUUUAAAUCAUAUAAAUCCUGAAGUUCAGCAAUAUAAUGUGAAUGACUUGAUCCAAAAGAUGCUAGUUUUGGACUUGUUGUCUCCGUCUAUUUUUAAAGGGGAAGGUUUUAAGAAUUUAAUUAGAUGUAUGGGUGGUGAUUUUGAUGAAGUUAAAAGGAAUGAAGUUAAACAAAAUAUUGAAAUGAUAUAUCAAGAAAAUCUUAAUAAAAAACUCGAAAUUAUUGAACAAAAGUCUUCCUUAUAUCCUUAUUCAAUCAGUGUAGAAUUUUUUGAAAACUUCACUCAUCCCGAAAACCCCUUAUAUACGAAUAUUUGUUUUAUAUUCCUGGACAUAUCUAAAAUUUCACUUGAUAACACUUUUUACAAAUCGUUACCAAUACAAGAAAUAACAGAUUUUGAAGAGAUAUUUUAUGGAAUAGAUCUUAAAAAUUGUGUAGCUGUCGUCGUUAAUCAAAAUAAUACACAAUUACAACAAUUUGUUAAAACCAAUGCUGUAAAUGCUCAAAUAGUGUUAUGUAUAGAUGCUAUAUUACAAAAUUGUAUUAAACAUGUAUUUAAUCUGCAAGAUGUACAAGAAAUUUUCGAUGAAGCUUUAAGAAUUUAUGAGAAAGUAAUUUCAGACUAUGAGCCCGAGCUCUACAUAGGUAUGGACGAAAUUUGUAUAUGGUAUAAAAUCUACCUGUUACAACGUUUUACUGAUACGGUGUCCUUAAAAAAUGAUGAGAAUAAUGUAAUGCAAAAAAUCGAUGAAAUAUUGUAUUGUUUAAACCCACUUAAGAUUACAUUGGAAACAAUUGCUGAUGAGCACAUAACUUCUUGCACUUUAGUGCAACCUUUAAUAUCAAAACUAAUAGAUUUCAAUUAUUGUAUAGAGGAACGCGAUUCUGAAAUGACAAAACAAAUUAAACUCAUUAUUGUGAAAGAACUGACGGAAAGUGUUAUUGAAAAUGUGUUUUUAACCGAAUCUGCGUUUAUUGAUCCAAGAUUCCAUAGUUAUAUUGAUUCUGAAGCAAGAAAAAUGGUAAAAUCAAACUUACUUUUAAAGUAUGAUUCAGAAAUCGAAAUUAAAAAAGAAAUGGCAGAAUUGAAGGUAGAUCAAAAUAAAGGAAAUAGUUCAAAUAAUAGUGCAAAGCGGCAAAAGAGAUCAAGUUUGAAAUUAUUUUUUAACCAGACAGAAGAGAAAAAUAAAAUUACCACACUUACUAAAAAUGGUUUGGAAAGCGAACUAAUUAAGUAUGAUUCAGAAACAAAUGUUGAUUUAGAUCAAUGCCCAAUAACCUGGUGGCUUGAUACUAGUUACAGUUUUAAAAAUUUAAGUAAAAUAUCGCAAAACUACUUUACGGUCCCUUGUUCAGUUAAUAACUUAUUUAAAAAAAGUAUUGAAGAACGCAUUGAUAUUUAUAAUCGACGAAGAAAACUAACAUAUAAAUAUUUUAACCAAUUAUGGUUUUUAUAUAUAAACAAUAUUGAAACGGAAUUUACAAAAUUUUAAUGUAAUUUUAAA